UUUUUGUAAAUAAUUCAUUCAUUAAUUUACAGAAAAUAUAAAAUACCAUCUGAAUUCUCACCCAUGGACAUGUAUCCCAUGACGCUGCAUUUCUGCCUCUAUGGCAUUUAAAUUAAUAUGAUCUUGGGUUACACAGAUUGAUUUUUCCCAUUAUAGUGAAUCAGUUUCUUAGCAGUAUCAGUGGUGAUUUCAACAAAAAUGAAAUAAAAAUAAAAAUGUGCAAUCAAUUUUCGAUUUUCUUGAAAUCAACAUAAAAUUUUAAAAUACCUACUUAUAUACUUACAUCUAAUUUUCUCAAUUUUCAUAAAUAAUCUUAAUAUUAUUUUACCUUUACCAUUGUUCUAUCUGUGAAAAGAUUCCUUGAUUUAUCAUAACAAUUUACUUUAAAGCUAAGAAUGUUGGGUGGACAGUGUUUAUUUUUUUAUUCGGAGGUCACUUACAUGAGAGUAUUUGGAACCUCUUUGGAUUUGUGGUGUGGAAUGAUGGUGGAAUGCUAAUUUUAUGUUUUAUGUUAUCUCAUAAGAAUUAUUUUGCGUCACCAUUUUAAUUUAGAUAGUUCAACAGGUAUUCCCACGAAGAAUGUUGAAAUUAAAUAUUGAAUGGGUAUAAAAUAUUAACGAUAGGACUUUAGUUGAUUUAAAAUAUUAUUAUUUACUUAUUACUACUUGAUUAAAAUACUUCAAUUAAAUCUCAGGAAUUCAGUCAAGUUUUUAAAAGGAUUUUAAUGAAUUUUUGAACUUAACUUCACAUUCAGAAUAAACACACAUUUUGAAAAAAUAUUAUUAGCCAUUUCAAUUUAAAUGAUUACCUAUUACUUAUUAUUAAAUAAUAUAAUGAAUGUGAGAGCGCAAGAAUUGGCAGUAUGCCAAGACCCCAGUUAAAUAAACCAAACAUUUAUCAGUACAACCAAACACAGUACUGUAUGAUAUCAAAUAAUAUCAUAAUAAUUAUAAUAUAUAGAUUAUACGGUCACGCAAUCACAGCGUCUCAUAUAAUACACUUCAGUAAAACUUUUGUACAUAUAUUAAUUUUGUCACCAUAUUCAUAAAUAAUAUAACGUCUUAUACACUGUUUUUGAAUGAUAUAUUCUUAUGUAUGUUUUGAAGCUUGUUUUGUGCAACCACGGGCUGUUUUUAUGAAAUUACGUAUUUAGAUGAUAUGACUUUCACUUAGAUUGUGAAUGUUAGUUUUGGAAUUGCAUUUCAGUGUCUGAAAAAUGGAAAAAAAAGUGCGGAAGUAAGUGAUUAUUUGUAAUGUAUGUAUUAGAGUGUAAUUAUGUGACAGCUUCUACAGUAUUAGAGCUUCAUAAGUUCUAUGAAACGUAUAUAAUACAUAAUUUUAUAAUAUAAAAAUGCUAUUUUUGUUUCUUUUAGUUGACAUCACGUUGAAAUAUCUUAAAAAAUAUAUUAUAUAAACAUCACUGGCUAAUGCUUUUUAGUUUAUGUAGUAUACUAUGAUAUAUUUUUUACGCGUGUGUAAUAAAGUCCAUAGCAAAUUAUCAACAAGUAUGAGUUUUAUUUGCAUUUCAAAGGUAAGAAUUCAAUAAAAUAUCUGAAUGUAAUUUAUAAAGAUAAACUUUUAGAUAUUAUAUUCUUUUAUGAAAUACAAUAUUAAGAUCGACUGUGAACAUUAGUAAGUUUAAAGAUUAUUUUCAGCCAGUGAUAACAUCCCACCACUAAUCUUUAAUCUGACAUUGACUUGCGUCGUUAGUUACCAUGAUGAAUACACAUCGUCGAUAUUAAUAAAUCUUUUGAUCUGGAGCGUAAUAAACUGCCUUUUACUACUCCGGUAUGACCACACGAGAAAUGCGAGCUAUGUAACAUUAUAAUAAAGUUGAACCAGCGGUGCAUUGUUGACCAGAGCUAAACGUGGACUAGAUUUUACAUAAUUUUUUCAUGUAUCAUACAGUUUAUAAUACUAUUGUAAUCGUUCAAUGGGUAAUUAUUGUAAAAUGCACAAGUUACAAAUUAUAUACGUUAAUUUGUGUCCUACAAUAUAGAUCAUUGCAAUCACUGCCUCACAAACAUUCAUAGCUUAGCCAUGAGCUUAAAAUUCGACCAUGCUUCUUGCUUGUUAUCUUUUUUUAUAAUUAUUAUUCAGUUUAUUUAUGUUUUUAUUAUUUGUUUCUCCGCUCCUACCCUUUACUAACGUCCUUCAUUUUGAUUUAUCCCUUGUUCUCAAAAGCGUGAGGCGUUAACGUUAGGGGAAUUUAUAAAGAGUAGCAUUUCGCGUGAAAUACGAUUUUAGUUUCGAUGCCUAAUACUCGCUCGAGGAUAAGCAUUGAAAUCUUUACGGCCAUAAAAACGGGAUGAAGUGACGUAAUAUCAUAAGCUACCCUAAUGUUUUGCAGAGUCGGUAGAGAACUCGCAAAGUCGAGGUUCCAAACGGCACGACCGGUACAAAGUCGGCCAGAUUUUUAGUAUGACUAAGUCAAAAAUAAAGGAGGCUGCCCGGACAGCCUGUUUGCCAUCACCACCUCUGCCGACUCCAGGCAUCGACUCUUACGCGGACCCCGGCGGGGGCGAGCCGCCUCUCACCCCGACCUCGCCGGUCGCGGACUCGGCUUACUCUGACCAGCACGGCUGCUGGCCUUGCGAGCACCGCGACCACUCGGACUGCGAGGCCUCGCAGCCGUCGCAGCCGUCCAGCGGCCGCAGCUCGCCGCGCUGGGACGAGGACGACGAAGAGGAGCGGCACCACAUCCUGACGCAAGGUUCAGGCCGCCCGCUGUCGCCUCGCUCCGUUCCCUUCUCCUUGAACGACAUUUGAGGCUUCGCUUUAGCUACUACACGAGCUUUAACAAAAAAUUGUUCGUGCAACCUCAGGUCAUCGAUGACAGCAAUGGGCUGCGUGGGAGCGGGGAGAUGACACAAGAUGCAUUCAUUUAUACAGGCUGUAUCCAGAACGCUAGCAAAAACGAAGACAAGUGAUAAUACUAAUAACAUACCAUAAAGAAAAAAAAAACUAUUCCUAAUAAAACAUCUGACUGACUCUAAAGGUCAACGAACGUUCCGCGAAUAGGUCAUUCGAAGUCGCGUCAUAGGUAGGCCAUGAAAAAUACUAAAUCACUAAAACUACAAGAUAAAGCAAAUGGUUAUUGACAUUGGAUUGUGCUAAGAUAGUAUAAUAAUAACGCUAAGUUUUUGCUAGCGUUCUGUUACACCCUGUAUGGUGCGGCGCUGUCUUCCAAAACGUACCAAAUGAAUGUAUGCGUAUUGUGUUAUUGCUGCUGCUCCCACUCCGCCCGCCGCUGUCGUCGAAGUCGUGGCCUUAGACCAAACGCGCGCGGGUUUCCAUUUUUGAAAAUAAGUAAAAAAGCUUUUAUCAUAUCAAGUUCUAAAGAGCUUUUAAUUCAUGACACUAACUACUCGGUACUUUAAAACACCUCGAUAAAAGCCACAAACAGCUGUUGUGUUUGGUGACCAUUUUAAAUACGGAUAGAAGUUACGCGAGUUAAAAAAAAUAAUUGCUUCCAUCCGCAAAAAAGAUCUGACUUACCUACUCUCAUUCUCAAAUCGCGCCUAAAGGAGUUAAUUUAAUAAUUGCAAACUUAAUUUUCUCUCUGAGUAAAUUCGCUGUUCCAUUCAAUCACUAAGAAAGUCCUCUACUUUGAUUAUUACAUUAAACUGAUUAAACGUUCAAAUAAUUCGCUUCGACGGGCGAUUGACAUACUCGGAACUGAAGCCACGUCUCAAAUACUGUUCAAAUUGCUUUUAGAAACCCGGUAGGACGUAACCUGGCUAUUGUGAAAACACAUAUACAUAGCGCUAGCGCUACCUGUCGAUAUGUAUAUAGUUAUAUAUUUUCGAUGAGUCUAUGGAGCGCUUAUUUAUUACACACAUGUGAGGGCAGUGAUUGCGAAUUUCAAAAUUGACGGUAUAUAUUUUUUUACGAUUUUAAUAGCUUUGCAUCAUCAACAGGUGGCGCUGGUCGUCUAAGUAUUGAUAUACUAAGCGCCAUCCUGAAUUUUAUUUUGGUCGUAUAACUGUGUAUAAUGCGUACAAACUAAGAAUGGGAAAUCGUGGCUAUCAUAUUGUGACGGUUUGGCUGUCAAUAUGAUCCGAUUAGGUAGGGUUAGCAAAAAAUAUAUGUUUACAAAAUAAAUGAAAAUCCGAAUACAUUCACCUCUAGUGAUGUACUUUGCAUCGUUUUCAAAAUAGUUGUCAUCUUCAUAAACAUCACAUGCUUCAACUGCUUUCAUAUAUAAAAAUAGAACAUGGACUUAUGUACCUACCACCGACUAUUUUUAAUUUUUUUUUUUUAAUUUUGAA